AUGGCCAACAUCGCGCAGCUAGCGAGCAACGCAGACCUGUUCAAGAACAAGUGGCUGUCGGACGUACUCCUUGAAGUCCACGGCAAGGACGGCGAUGUCGCGGAGUUCCCCGCCCACCGAACGGUCCUAGUCACCAAGUCUGCCUACUUCAAGAAGAUGUUCCAAGAAGAAGGCUUCAUGGAGGCUGAAGAGAAGGUCGUCCAGCUCAAGGAAGUAGACCUCAAAUACUUCGAGAUGGCGCUGAAGUGGAUGUACACCGAAGAGGAAGAUGAAGACGACAGAGAGAAAGACACCCUCACCGAGGUCCUCGAAGACAGCAUCCUGCUCCACCGCGUCGCCGACUUCUACAUCAUUCCGGAUCUUGUCCAGCAUUGCGUGGACCGCUUCCACCACGACGCGACCAACUAUCUCGAUCUUGAUACGAGGAGUGAAGAGUUCCAGGAUGCUCUGCUUGCCGCUGCCGAUACAUACUACGAGAUGAAUGCGGAGGGGGACUCGAAGCUUGGACGCUGCGUGGUGAAGUUGGCCCAGAAGGCGGUGUGGACGCAGGACAGGGUGGGCGGGCUGCAGGACAUGCUGAAGAAGCACCCACUCUUUGCCCUAGACUUUGCCCUAGAGACUACGCGUCAGAACGCGGUGUAG